AAGCUCCAAAGGAUGCACCUAAAGAAACGGAAGAAAAAGAAGCUCCAAAGGAUGCACCUAAAGAAAAGGAAGAAAAAGAAGCUCCAAAGGAUGAACCUAAAGAACCGGAAGUUCCAAAGAAUGCACCUAAAGAAAAAGAAGCACUCCCAAAAACACCAAAAGAAACGGAAGAAAAAGCAACACCCAAGGAAGCACCAAAAGAAGCGCCAAUAAAAGCACCCAAGGAAAUAGCUAUACAAAAUCCUAAAGUUAUACCCAAAUCAAAAGGAAUUAAAGUAGCACAAGAAAAGAUAGAAGUUAUCCCGAUUCAAGUAGAAAAUAAUCCAAAGGUAUCGAAAGGUUUAGGGUCAGGUGGUAAAAGCGCACACGUAAUAGAUGAAACUGAAAAAUUAGAAUUUGGUAAAGAAAAAGAAAGCAAAGAAAAGGACGUUUCUACUAAUUUUGGUGCCGGUGAUCCCAAUGUUUUUGUAGCAAAUAAUAAAACAUCAAACCAUAGAGAAUCUCCAGUUACUAAUGAUGUGAAUCCAACUAAUAAUGAUUACGAAGAUGAUAAUAGUGGGGUUUAUCCAGCUACUCCUGUUACUAAUGAUCAAGUAUUAAAUGAAAAUAAUGACCAAUUUCAAAAUAAUAAUAAUGGACAGUUACCUCAAAAUCUUGAAGCCAAAUAUAAUCAAUACAGUUCCAAUUCAUUGAUGAAAUUAGAACUAUUUAGUAAUAAAUUCACUUUUAUUACCGUUUUGUUAGUCGUUAUUUAUUUAUUCGAUUAA